AUGAGACAUGUAGAUGCUUUAAGUCACUAUCCGUUGCCAGAAUGUAAUUUGAUCAACAAGGAGAGGGAUGGAUUAACAGCACGAUUGAAGAAAGCGCAAUCGGAAGACGGAAAUGUUAAAAAAAUCUUCGAUCUAGUGGAGUCGGGUAAAAUGACUGACUAUGUUAUCAGAGGUGGAUUGCUUUUCCGUGAAAAUAAUGGAGAGCUGUUAAUAGUAAUGCCAGAGAGUAUGCAGUCGCAAGUGAUUAGACAGGCGCACGAAACCGGUCACUUCUCUGUGGCGAAAACUGAAGCGAUUCUAGGAAGUGACUACUGGAUAUCAAAUGCUAAAGCAAAGAUCGAAAAGUUACUAUUGUGUUUGGAUGCAUUUUCCAAGUUCGUGUGGCUUUAUGCGACCAAGACCACGAAUACAAAAGAAAUCUUAAACAAAUUGCGUAAACAAGCCUUCAUCUUUGGAAAUCCUAGGAUAAUUUCAGAUAGAGAACGAAUGGACAAGUUGAACGUGUCAAUCACACUUAUUCUGUUAUUGACAAAAUUGGCAGAUCCGAAGUGUGAUGAAUGGUACUGCUAUUUGAAGCGUACGCAACUUUAUCUGAACACUACAGCGCAUAGAAGUAUAGAUCAAGAAAUAUUGGGUAUCACGAAUCCUAAAGGCAAGAAACGAUAUAUCGCAGCCGCUUUCCCGAGUGCUUGCGGUAAAACAAAUUUGGCUAUGAUGCAGCCUACUUUACCAGGUUAUAAAAUUGAAUGCGUUGGUGAUGAUAUCGCAUGGAUGAGAUUUGAUAAUAAAGGAAUCUUACGCGCUAUUAAUCCAGAAAAUGGAUUUUUCGGAGUUGCUCCCGGUACAAGUUCAGCUACGAAUCCCAAUGCAAUGAACACUAUCUUCAAAAAUACCAUUUUUACUAACGUAGCAUCUACUAGCGAUGGAGGAGUAUAUUGGGAAGGAAUGGAAAAAGAAGUUGCAGAUAAUAUAAAGAUAAUAGAUUGGAAAGGCAACGAUUGGUUCAGAGGUUCUAAAAUACCAGCUGCUCAUCCAAACUCAAGAUUCUGUACUCCAGCUAAACAAUGUCCUAUUAUUGAUCCUUCUUGGGAAGAUCCAACUGGAGUCCCAAUCGAUGCUAUAUUAUUUGGAGGACGAAGACCGGAAGGUGUACCUUUAGUUUAUCAAGCUCGAAAUUGGCAACAUGGCAUUUUUAUCGGUGCUGCAAUGAGAUCUGAGGCUACAGCUGCUGCUGAACAUAGGGUACAUAAAUAUUUUUAAUUGCAUAAAAUCUGAUUAUUUCAGAUAUAAUAGGAUAAGAAAACAAAUAUGGAUUUUGAUAUAAAUAUAAAUUUAAUGUAAAUUUAUCACAUUGUUAACGAGCCAUUUAGAGAUCAAUUGUGUAUGUUGAAACAAGAUAAAAAUUACGAAAGUGUGAAAAUUUACUAGAUUUCAAUCUAUAAAGCCACAGAUACUUUAGUGAACUUCUUUAUUUUAUAAUUUUCAUCUCGCUUCAAAAUACACAAUGUCUCUUUUGCGGAUCUACUAGGUUGAUGGCAACAUAAUUACAUUUCACCUCGUGAUUAAAUGUUUCAAUGUUUGUUGUUAAACAAAUGUUUUACCAAUUGUAAUGAAUGCACGCACGCACGUCUGACGCCAGGCUUAUCAAAUUGCUCAUUCUUUUUUUGUUUAGAUCCUAAGCUCUAGCAACAUGCAACCCCAGAAUCUACACCUUUUACAUGCGAGAGCAUCUACACAAUAUGUGAGAGCUAUCCUCGCUUUCUUUUCCGCAUAGAUGCAGUCUUUCUGUUCAGCAAGACCGAGUCUAUGCAGGUGACCUCUCAAAGUAACAUGCCUCGUAACGAGACUUAUCCCCACCCUUAGUGAUCUAUUCAGCAGUUGCCAGCAGUUCGAUUGCUCUGCUUGGCAGAGGACGCUUCAUCAUCUGUUUGAAUUGAUGGCAAUUAAUUGCCGUCUUCCAGGAACCUCCAGUCCAACCAGAUUUCGAUGAUGCCUUUUCUAACAGCGAAAGAAACACCAACGAUCUACGUAACUGAGUUCAUUUGAGUCCCCAGUUUUGCCAGCUCGUCAGCCGUUUCGUUUCCGCGAAUACCUUGAUGUUCCGGGAUCCAUAUCAGAGUUAAUCUAUUGGAUUUCCCUAGUCUGGUUAACGCCUGCAUGCAGUCCGAUUACAACUGAUUCUGUAGUGGUCUUUGCAAAGGCGUAGAUAGCCGUUCUGCUGUCAGAGUAAAUGAAUAUGCGCAUUACGCUCUUUGUUUCAGUUAGGGCAUGCUUCCGUGCAUCUCAGGCCAGCAUCUCAGUUUGAAAUACCAUACCUUAGUCCAUCCAAAGAGAUGUUUUCUCUAUGGUUUCCUUUCAGUCCAUAUAUUCUUGCCCCAAACUUGCCAUUAGCUCCCGAUCCCAUUAGUGUACCAGAAUUUCGUUAGGGUCGGUCAAGAAAUUCGGCCUAUAUCAGUCUUUCCUAGUUGGUAUCAAAACAUUGAAAUUCUUCUUUAACUGGUGUUUCUUUGGGAUUCUAUCCUGUUUUAGUGUGAAAGGGCUUCAGAGCAAGUCCUAGUCUCGUAUGUUCAAGAUCGAUGUCUUUUCAUUUCCCCUGAUAUUUAAGUCUAUAUACCGCCCUUGCCUGGCAUAUGAUUAACUGGCCUACAGUGGAGGCAUAACACAGGGCUACUUCCAGCGCUUCCGUUGGGGUGAUCCGCAUAAUAGCUCUCAAGUAACUUCCCUGUAGGCUUCUUAAGACAGAUUCUCGACUUCCAUCUUUUCCAUUCUUGGUCACCAAACUACUGUUGUGUAGGUCAACUUUGACAACGGUAUUAUUUUAUAUAGUCGUAAGGCGACUCUAAGUUUUAGAUCCCAGGUCUUGCCCAUAGCUCUUCUGCAUGUCCAUUAUGAUAUAGAACUUUUUCCUCUUUUCCUCGAGGUGUGACCAGCUUAGUUUGGCAUCUAGGAUUACAUCUAGAUACUUCACCGAGCUGCUGUAAACGAUAUUCCUGCUUCAGUGGCUCUACGAGUUCAGGUUUGUACUUCCUCAAUA